UCAAAAUUUUGGCGUAAUCAAAAACACAAACAUCACAGCCCAUGAUUAUAAAUCAAAGUUGCUAUAAAGUGGUUUAAUUCUAAUAAAUUACUGUAAAAUUAUGAAGAAACUAAUUGUGAACGUCCAGCACCAAUGAUGGAAAUGUAAUAAGCUUAAAGAAGAUCAGGAAAUUGAACUACGUGGAGUAUGUAGAAUUAGAGAAAAAAGACACUAUAAAUUUAGUUGUGUUGUACACAACCUACAAAGAUGUUUAACAUUGAGUCUUAUAUCACUCCUAUAUUACUAAGCUAUAUUGAAAAAUACGUAAAAGACUUUAGGCCAGCUGAUGCCCAAGUAUCACUAUGGGGCGGAGGUGUAGCACUUCACAAUCUAGUUCUCAAACCAGAUGUAUUGCAGCAAGUUAUUGCCCUGCCAUUUACUCUUGUCUCUGGUCGAAUACAUGAACUACUUAUCAGGGUACCAUGGACCAAGAUUAUGUCCGAACCCAUAACUAUCACCAUUGACACUAUAGAAUGUAUCCUAAGUCUUCAUUCACCUCCAGAAGAGACUACUGAACCUGAAGUACCCAGGAACCAAGUAGUGGAAGCCCCGCCAGGGUAUAUGCGUGCGUUGGUCCGCCGCGUUGUCAGCAACAUUAGUGUGCGUGUACACCAUCUCAUUGUGAAGUAUGUGCAGGAUGAUAUUGUACUGUCGCUGAACAUCAAACACUUGGCAGUUGAUAGCGCUGACUCUAAUUGGAACCCUGCAUUUGCUGACAUAGAGGUGGGCGACCCUGCGCUACGGAGACUGGUACGCUUGGACGAUCUCACAUUGUGUCUGGACCGUGCUGAUGCCGAUGGCAAGAUACGUUUCUACCAGGAACCUCUACUUUACAGAUGUCAGCUCGACUUUAGGGUACUAACUCGGCUUGUGUCAGCGAAACGUGUGAGGCCGCUGUCGGUGUGGGUGCAGGCUCGCGCCGCGCGGCUGGCGGGCGGGGCCAGCAACGAACAAAUGGCGCUUCUUGUGCGGCUGCUCAGGGAGCGCCCGCCGCCGCCCGCCUCGCCAGCACCAACACCACUCAUCACACCACCGCCGCAAACAGGAUCUUCAUCGACGUCGUUGGAAGGAGCGCGUACAGAGAGCUGGACGGAGUGGGCGUGGUCGUGGUUGCCGGCUUCCGAUGAGUCCGAGGACGCGGCGCCCUCUGUGCCCGUACCUGUACCGCUCAUACUGACGGUGUACUUUGACGACGUCUCAUUCACUUUCAAAAUGAUGGAGACGGAUAUGAGCGGGAAGCGUCGCGCGCGUCCCGUACUGCAACUAGUAGCGACGCAUACAGCUGUUAAGUUCUCAAAGUGCGCGCCAACUUCGCUGCGAGUGCGCAUCGGGGCCCGGCUGCUGGAGCUGCGCGCGCACGGCAAAUGCGUCUGCGGUCAAUUGCUACCCGCGCAGGCUAAUUUUGAGCCGACUAUAUAUUUGAGCAACAUUGAAAAGUCAGAAGAGCCAUGGGUUUGGCCAGAAGAGAACUUUGGCGUCCGUCCUGUGGAGACGGCCUUGGCUGUGGACGAACAGUUUCGAGCAUCACCUGAACCUGUUAAUACUGAAACUUCGGAGGGCACCAUCGUGGAAAGCGAAUGGUGGAAAGAGGUCCCUCAGGAUGGUGACAACGACGUGCUAUGGGUGCAGAUGUCGCCCGUAGUGUUUGUGGAGUACUGCCACGACCGCGCGCCGCCGCACUCACACCUCAACCCAUAUGAUAAACCACCACUCGACUUUGAAUACAGGUAA